UAAUGUUCAUCUUUUGCCCAAUUGAUACAUCUGAUGCCCCCCCAAAUCCGCAGCUGUUGUUGAUCUUGCGCCCCCCAUUCUAGACCCUUUCGACCCCAAAAAACCGACCCUGGCCAGACAGUUCUUCUCUCCACGCCCACGCCCUCGUCGUCGGGGCACUCCACCGUCACUCCACCUACGUACCCAUAUCACUCCACAGCACGUUCUCUGCGUGCCCUGUUCCUCCGUCUCCAGAACCUAAUUUGAUAUCUCUCUUCAAUUCCCGUGUUGAGUUUCUGCCCUGGUCUAGUCCUGCUUUAUAAAUCUGUCUUGUCUCCCGUUGUCACUUUCGAUCUCGUUGUUUUUCUUGCUAUUCAUCUCACGCUUGGUCAUUUAUAGACCGUCAUACUAUUUCUUGUCGACAGUCGAUACAUCACUUAUAGAACAUCACUUGGACUUCAGCAGUCCGCACCAACACUCUUCGCAAUGGCUCAACCAAUGCCCGAAUACCAACAACAAUUCUCCAACGAGUCCCCUCACGACUCUGAUAAGACUCUGGAGCGUCAGACAACUGCUGCCCAUCAACAAGCUCAUCCCCAUCUCUAUGCCCAUCCAUCAAAUAUCCAUCCCGCUUUCGGUGGUGCCCUGCAGCCAGGUCUCUGGAAGCCUGUUGAGCACCGCAAGUUCGCCAACCCAGCUCCUCUAGGACUAUGCGCUUUCGCCCUCACAACCUUUGUCCUAUCAUGCAUCAACAUGCACGUCCGUGGUGAAUCUUCACCUGCUAUUGCUAUUCCUGUGGCCUUUGGCUAUGGUGGUCUUGUUCAGCUUUGCGCUGGCAUGUGGGAAAUGGCCGUCGGAAACACAUUCGGUGCUACCGCCCUAUCAUCUUACGGAGGCUUCUGGAUCGCCUACGGUCUUCUCCUAACACCAACAUGGAACGUCCUCGGCGCCGAUGGUCCUUACGAGGGUGAUACUGGUUCCGUCAUGGGCUUCUUCCUGACUGGCUGGUGGAUCUUCACAACGCUUCUUCUCAUCUGCACCCUCAAGUCUACCCUCGCCUUCUUCUCCCUCUUCUUCUUCCUCGACAUCUGCUUCCUCUUGCUUGCAUGCGAGAACUAUGCUCACGACUUGGGCAACCACAGUGCUCAGCUUGCUCUUCAAAAGGCAGCUGGAUUGUUUGGGUUCUUGGCUGCAUUCAUGGCUUGGUACAAUGCCCUCGCCGGUCUCCAAGACAGCAGCAACUCCUUCUUCCAGGUUCCCGUCAUCCACUUCCCCUGGUCCGAUGAGGGUCGGGCACACCGUCACCACAAGGCCGAGCAAAACCUUGCUUAGACGUGCUUUGAUGAAGAUUUUGCAUUUCACGCGUUACGACUUGGAUUCUUAUAAAAUAGGGUGUAUACGUUCCCAAUUUCGGCGAACAGGUGGUUUGAGUCCGCUGCAUUGAAGGAGUUUUAGAAGGUCACUCGCUGUACCGGCCAGCGAUCGUUGGCUUUUGUAUUUACAACCGCCGCUGAAGCAUCGCGGCUCAUUAGAUGGUGGCUAGCAUGUGACAUAAUAAGCUUGGUACUGUACAUAUGGAAAAAAUGAGGAACCUCAUGUUCAACGUCUCGAAGUUGAUUGAUUGCACCUGUAAUCGAUUCACCAGCGCUACGAUGUUCUGAGAUCAAUGCAGGUAGUGGAGCGAACAGACGCCUGUGCCAGCUUCUGUAAACAGUUGCUAAAUGGCAGACUAUGCCUUGUGAGGCGCACUAGAAUCUCGAUCAUAGUCUCAAUCGUCAUAUGGACCAUGGUUCCUGCAGGUUCAUCGUACAGGCCACUUGAUGACAGCUACAAGGCACAAUGGGGAACUGUACUCAUCUGAGACUGAUCCUAGACCGAUAUGCUUUCUUUGUAAUGAUCUUCUUAACGU